GUCACAUGACAUAACUCCGCUGGUUAGCUAGCGAGCUAACAUGCUAGCUCCGAGCUGUCAACAGACGGGAGAAGCAUAAACUCCCCGCUCCGAGGCCAACAACUAGUCCAAAAAGUCGUAACAUAUUUUACGUCUUCCAGCCCUGCUUUGUGGCAGUCAUGUGGAGCAGGCUAAGCUAACGGUUGCUAGAAAGGGACUCGUCUUCUUCCCCGACUCACUGUCUUCAAGAUAUCGAGUCAUUAUAAUUUCCGCCCCGAUAAGUCACCGGGGAUUUGGCAUCCUCGAGGCUCAUCAGGCAAAAGCAAGUCCUGCAUCAGCGCCGGGAAAUCGACAGACGGAGGCUUGUGUGUGUGUGUGUGUGUGUGUGUGUGUGUGUGUGUGUGUGUGUGUGUGGACUCUCCUGGGCAGGAUGGAUAGACGAUAAAUAAGACAUCAACUCCAGAGGUACACGUUGAUUUCGUAAUGACAAGCUGCUGUGCAGAAGAUGUCCACGCUGUCUGUGACUGAUAUCCCAGAUGUUGGUCAUGAUGAGAGUAAGGUGUUUGUCGGGGCCUCUGAGCUGCAGCUGGACUGCAUGGUUGAGGAGAGCGGCAGAAGCAACGCAAUGAAGCCCGGCGGCCUGCUGUCGCUGGCUGACCUCUCCCAGCCAGAUGACUUCCCCGCCCCCCCACACAACGGCCUGCCGCUGACCGACAUGAGCAGCCCUCUGCCGGUGGAGCCGAGCGACAUUAAGCCGGAUCCUUCAGCGGGGGACACGCCUGCCAGCUCAGAUGGUCAGCCAGUGAAGAGAAAGAAGGGCCCCGCGCCCAAGAUGCUGGGCAACGAGGUGUGCAGCGUGUGCGGCGACAAGGCCUCCGGCUUCCAUUACAACGUGUUGAGCUGCGAGGGCUGCAAGGGCUUCUUCCGACGCAGCGUCAUCAAGAGCGCCCAGUACAACUGCAAGAACAACGGCCGCUGCGAGAUGGACAUGUACAUGCGGCGCAAGUGCCAGCAGUGCCGCCUGCGCAAGUGUCGGGAGGCGGGAAUGCUGGAGCAGUGUGUGCUCUCGGAGGAACAAAUCAGACGGAAGAAGAUGAAGAAGCAGCACGAGGACGAGACGGCCCGCACGUCCACGGUGGUCACGCCGACGCCACCGCAGGAAACGGUCACACUGGAUCCGCAGCAGCAGGAGAUGAUUGAGAAGCUGGUGGCCAUGCAGAAGCAAUGCAACAAGAGGUCUUUCCUUGACCGACCGAAGGUGACGCCGUGGCCGCAGAGUCAGGACCCGCAGAACCGAGAGGUGCGUCAGCAGCGGUUCGCCCACUUCACCGAGCUCGCCAUCAUGUCGGUCCAGGAGAUCGUGGACUUCGCGAAGCAGCUUCCUGGUUUCCUGGAGCUCACCAGGGAGGACCAGAUAGCGCUGCUGAAGACGUCAACCAUUGAGAUUAUGCUGCUCGAGACAUCUCGUCGGUACAACCCUGCUAUUGAUAGCAUCACGUUCCUGAAGGAUUUCAGCUAUAAUAAGGAGGAUUUCGCCAAAGCAGGGCUUCAGUUUGAGUUCAUCAACCCCAUCUUUGAGUUCUCUAAAGGAAUGAACGACCUGCAUCUGGACGAGGCAGAAUACGCCCUGCUCAUCGCCAUCAACAUCUUCUCCGCAGAUCGGCCAAACGUGCAGGAUCACGACCUGGUGGAGCGGCUGCAGCAGCCCUACGUGGACGCGCUUCGCUCUUACAUCAUGAUAAAGAGACCAAAUGAUCAUCUGAUGUUUCCCCGCAUGCUGAUGAAGCUGGUGAGCCUCCGCACGCUGAGCAGCGUCCACUCAGAGCAGGUCUUUGCCCUCCGCCUCCAGGACAAGAAGCUCCCCCCGCUGCUCUCUGAAAUCUGGGACGUCAACGAGUGACUGCGGACCCCCGAUGUCACAAACAAACACUUUCUUUGAAGCCCGAGACGGACACGGCAUCCAGCAGGGGACACUGACUCCUCCCUGCCCGUGUGCUCAGGAGACGGUUAGAGCAGUGAGAUUGUUUUGGUUUUUUUCUCUCGUGGUGGUGGUAGGAGGAGGAUGAGGAGGAGGAUGAGGAGGAUGAGGCGGAUGAGGCAGCACCGUCACCCCUUUGCUCUCAAACAGACUGCUAAAUGUUUUGUUGUGUUCACGAGGAGAAACAUGAACACCUUAGUUGUCUUUGAGCCUUUUUCGUUGUUCUUACUUUUGAGUAGAUGCUGACAUGAUUAUGGCGAAUUAUUAAAAACCAGCAUGAGGCUCUUUAGCCAGUUUUUCUUUGAUUUUCAUACGUCUUGAAAAGUCGAUUUCUAGAGCAGUUCUAUACGCGUCCUCUUAACGUUUAUAAUCUGAGCUCCAACGUCAGGAUCAAAGCUGCACAUUCGGUUGAAAUAGUGAGGUGUGUUUUUUGUUCGGUUUUUUUUUUUGCAGUCGUGCAAUAGGUGGAGAUGGAUGCAGAGUUACGUAUGAGCAGACACACACACACACACACACACACACACACACACACACACACACACACACACGGUGCUGUUCACUUUAUUGAUGUUGGGGUAAAGCGGUAGGCCAUCUGGUUGGUAUUGUGCAUUGUGAUAUGGCAACAAAUAGCCUGUGUUCCUGUUAGGAGUAGGUGCAGAAAUGAAAAAGGUUGGUGUAGUCGCUCAGGUAAAGUAAUGUGAAGUAGACCUCGGGGAGUUAGAGGCUUCUUUAAUACCUAUAAGAAUACUUUGAGUUUUUCUUCCCACUUCAUAAGAGGCCCUUUUGGUCAUUUCUAGACGCCAGUUAACUUUCAUGUAAAGUGUAUAUUUAUUUUCACAAGACAAACUGUAGAACACACACACACACACACACACACACACACACACACACACACACAGAUUGUACAAUCACAUACUCAACGCAGGAGAAAGUAAAACUCUGCAGACUGUGCCCUCGUUAAAAGGAAACUAACGAUGUGACUAAACCUUUAUUUUACACACAGCACUGGUACCUUUUUUUUAAAAAUCAGAGGUACUAACGUAUCUUAAAAUUCCAUGUAAAGAAUAAACGUUAGAGGAAGUCAAAGUACCAUCUCUGUCACCCUCCUUUUUAAAACGAAUAAGAAAUCCUUCCUGACAAAGAUGUAUUUAUAAAUCAUAAAUAGAAAGAAUCUCCUUAUUUGUAAUUAACGUGUAUGAGAGAUGUACUUUUUGUUCAUUUCAUCACAAAGCAGUUCAGUUGUUUUUUCAUAUUUUGAUUUGUCGUUUUAUCACUUCAGCAUUUGAAGGUGUGAGAAAUGUAUAAAGCAACACGCGUAUAGCUCGAACAGGAUGUAGCAGAUGUGACAGCCUUUUAUUUUUGAUAAUAAACCGUGUGAAUGACACGGAGGGGAAAUGUAUAGCUGAAUAUCCGGAGGGAAACCGUCUCUAUCUGAAGGUCGACAACCGUCUGAGUAUCUAAACUGGACACCAACAGCUUUAACAGAUUUAGGAAAGCCUCGUUAAGAAAAGAAAUGUACCAAAAUCUCUAUUAACAGGAAGUAGAGAACAGCCAAUGAGUAGAAACAUUCAAAUGUUUGAAGUUAUAAUCAACUUUAUAACGACAAAGAUUUCGGUGUUUUUACUCAUGCUGUGUUUUCGAUGCUUUCUCCUGUGCAGUGUAAACUUGAAAUGCAUAACGGAUGAUAAAAGAAAUGUCAACGCAAACUCAGAAUUGUGAAGUUUAUUUAUUUUUAGGGCUGAAAACCAGACGACAAAAAUGUUAAUUACCAGGUGAUACCAUUAGAGUUGCAUUACCAAUUCAAAUGCAGUCUUCUCUGUCAUAACACAGCUUUUACGUUAAAAUCAAGCAUUGUACAUUUUUUUUUUUUUACCAUUUGCAGGUACAAUUUAAUUCAGAAUGUUUCAUUUGACAGCCAACCUGUUAAAGCAAACCAGGAACAUUUAUUGAAAUACGAAUAUGCACGACUUUCAGUAACGCAGGAUCAAGGGUCGUCUUUCUCAGUUAUGACAGCCAGGCAUUGUUUUGAUUUGAUCCGAAUUUAAUUGUGUUUUGAUCAUUUGAAUUUCAAUCGUAGACUUGUGUUGUCUUCUUUUUUUUUUUCUCUUCAUCCAGUAAUAUAUCUGCAUUACAUAUUAUGUUUGUUGGAUUUAACGACCUGUUGCGGAUCUCAAAAAUGGUCUUAUUAAUUUUUUUUAUUUGACUUUCAAUCCCAUCCUUUAACAGAUCUUAUACUUUAGCACUUACUAAUGCAACUCUAAUAACAGUAAAAGCAUAAAUUGUUGAGUCAACAGUUACCGCCGCGGUUGUGUUUUGCCAUUCGAUGCUUUUACGAUUUAUGAAAUAGAUUUGUGAUUUUCUUUAUUUUAUUUUUUUUAAUGCUUCCUUGUGCAUCAAAUUUCAGUGAGCUCCACCUAUUGGUCGGUUGAAUGAUCACAAACAAAUGGAUGUUUUUCUUUCCUCAUUCUUUAUCGUACAGCGUUCAGAGAAACAAUAGUAACCGGAGCGUUUUUCCUUCCUCUUGCUCAACAGCUGCUUAGACAAAAAAAAAAAAAAAAAAAAAAAAAAAAAACUUGGCAAAAGGCUUCUUUUUAGCAUUCUUCCUGCUACCGAACUGGAAACAAGUUAUAAAAAGGCAACACGAGGAGCUUAAGUUGAAUUCCCGUCUUUAGCUGUGUGACAAAAGUUGACAGACUUAAAUAUCAAGCUUGAUAUUAGAAAACAAAAUAACGAAGAGUUUCCACUCAUUUUCUGACCGUGUAAUGUAUCGAGCCGCUUUGCCUUCCACCCUUCAAAAUUGAAUUCAAUUUUUUCACACUGAAUAGAUGUUUUUUUUUUUGUUUUCUUGCAUUCUUCUAACCCUUUAGUGAUAUGUUUCAUGGUUUUCUUUUUCCCAAGUUGAACAAUAUUAAAAGACGGCAGAAUAAUCAGAGUGUGGAGCAUUUUUAAACCAUACAAGUGGGUUUUUUUCAAUUCUUUUGGGGUUCUUUUGAAAUGAAAUGUGUGUUUUUUUUGGUUUGUUGUUUGCAGGUUUUCUCCAACCAAACGCUAACAGUUUAAAAAAGUAACUUCUGUAUUAUUGGGUUGAAUUUUCCACCAUGUCCUAAUUAAAUCCCAAAUCUACUGACAGAUAAAUUACUGCGCUGUACUCUGAUCAAACGAGCAAAAAAACCCCACCUCUUUCUUUCUUAUUGUUCAUGUUCUGUAUCAAAGGUUAAUCGUGCUGUAUAUACUGUAAUUGUCAUGUGAUCUCAUCUACUCUUCCGUCUUCAAAGGGUGACACUGUAAACAUUGUUGAUGUAUAGAAAUGCAAACCUAUUUUAAUACUCGUGACUCAUGAAGACCUUCUGUUUUGUAUGUACAGUAUAAAUUAAAGCUAUGCUGUAGUGCU